CCUGACGGAUAGUGCCUGGUGCUCGAGCGUGACGUCGCGUGGCUCCUUUAAGGAAGUGAUCUCAGUUGUGUAGAGCACUUACGGCUGUAAAUAGAGGCUGUCCCUGUGUGUGGAGCUGGGUACAUGUGUUGCCUUCGUGUUAAGUAAAUACAGUGUGUACUAGCUGUAGAUGCUAAAGCCGCUGGUAGUACUAACCUGGACACUGCAUGUAUGAAGCAAAGGGUCGGCUGAUCACCAGUGGCCCCUGUCUGUGAACACGUCAACUUAUUGGUAUGCCUUUUCUAUUUAUCGCUUCAGUGAAGCUGAUGACAGCAGCAGCUGAGAAAGUGCUUCUCGCCGGCAAGGCUGUCCAAAGCUGCCGAAGUUGUAGGUCUCUCAGCCUGCUAGUCUAUGGUGACCAGUACAGUAGGUGGAAGCUUGCAGCUCAUCAGGGCCCUGGCAGGGCAAGACACACAUGGCAUCGUGUUGCUGUUCGCUGUAAUAGUACUUCUUCAAAUGAGUCUGGUAAAGACAUGAAGAGCUAUCUCAGAGCACAGUACAACGAGACCAAAAGAAUGACAAAUGGCCUAAUACCAUCUGUCAUGACCAGCUUCUACCAGAACCCAGAUGCCAUCUUUGCCAACAACGAGACUAGUCUGGCUGACAUAGAAAUCUAUGGCUUUGAUUACGAUUAUACAUUGGCAUUUUACUCCAGCCACUUACAUACGUUCAUAUUUAACACUGCUCGGGACCUUCUAAUUGACGAACAUAGGUACCCAGAAGAACUGAGGCAGUAUGAAUAUAUUCCAGAUUUUGCAAUCAGGGGGCUUCACUAUGAUGUGCAUAGGACUUUGUUAAUGAAGAUUGAUGCUUUCCAUUACAUUCAGCUUGGAACAGUUUACAGAGGGCUACAUGCCAUUCCAGAUGAAGAGGUCAUUGCCAUGUAUGAAGGUUCACAUGUCCCUUUGGAACAAAUGAGUGAUUUUUAUGGACAAAGUUCUCAUGGAACUACCAUGAAGCAAUUUAUGGACAUUUUCUCUUUACCCGAAAUGACUCUUCUGUCCUGUGUUAAUGAUUAUUUUUCAAAGAACAAUAUUGACUAUGAACCACUGAAUCUUUAUAAAGAUGUCAAGGAUGCAAUCAGGGAUGUACACAUCAAAGGAACAAUGUACAGAAAAAUAGAAUCAAAUUUUGAAAAAUACAUACGAUAUGGUGAUCAGACCUGCGCAGUAUUAGGAAAACUGGCGAACCAUGGCAAGAAGAUGUUUCUGAUAACGAACAGUCCUAUCAGCUUUGUUGACAAGGGAAUGAAAUUUAUUGUUGGAAAAGAUUGGAGAGAAUUGUUUGAUGUUGUUAUUGUACAGGCUGAAAAACCCAGUUUUUUCAAUGACAGGCGGAAACCUUUUAGGAAAGUAAAUGAGAGAGGGGUUCUGCUGUGGGAAAGGAUCCAUAAUUUAGAAAAAGGGAAGAUCUACAAACAGGGUAACUUAUAUGAAUUUCUGAAACUUACUGGCUGGAGGGGUUCAAAGGUACUUUACUUCGGUGAUCAUAUCUACAGCGAUCUUGCAGAUCUUACCCUAAAGCAUGGGUGGAGGACAGGUGCAAUUAUUCCAGAACUGAGGUCUGAGAUUAAAAUCAUGAACAUGGAGAACUACACAUAUGCAAUGACGUGGAUGCAAGCUCUAACUGGACUACUGGAACGUAUGCAGGUUUACAGAGAUGCUGAAUCGCAAAUGGUUUUACUGGAGUGGAUAAAAGAACGACAAGACUUAAGGGAGGCAACCAAGAAGAUCUUUAAUCCACAGUUUGGAAGUCUGUUCAGGACAUACCACAACCCUACCUAUUUUUCAAGGCGCUUGUCUCGAUUUGCUGAUAUUUACAUGGCUUCACUCAGCUGUCUUCUGAAUUAUGACUUGCGUUACACAUUUUAUCCCAGGAGAACCCCGCUGCAGCAUGAAGCCCCAAUCUGGUGUGAUCACCGGAGUACAGAUAUACUGAAAAUUCCACUUUUAAAAGAAAUAGGACAAGUUGAGUAAAGGUGAACAUAUAUUAUUAAUGUAGACCCAACUUCAUUUUCCUUUGAUAUGAGCCCUUAACAGAAUUUUUUGGAACAUUACUGUAAGUAAAAAUUUUAUGAGGGUGUUGUAAGGGAGCUCUCAGUGAAAUGUUGUCAUCAUUGAACAUCUUAUGGUUUACCUAUCAAUGGCUCUAAUUCAUUGAGAGUCCUUGAAUACACAUGUAAUUUUAAAUUAAUGGAAGAUUGUUAAUCAUCACAGUUAUCAAUUGAUCAUUUCCUUUAUUGAGAAUGCCAGUAAUAUGGACCAGGGUUUGUAUGCUUUGGCAUCAAAACCCAAAGCACCAAACACUGUUUCAUUACUAAACUGAUAUUUAAAGGGAAAAUUAUCAUUAGAUAUAUAACACAUUAAGUUACUGGCAUCUGUAUUUAAUGUCUUUGUAAGCAGAUUACAGUUUUUUUUAUAUGUACUGUUUUAUUUGUAUUAUAUUUUACCUAACCAGUCCUGAUUGGCUGGACAUCUCUAGUAGUGCAUUUUACAGUGUUUGCCUCUGUAUUUUGGCUGUAACAGUUGCAAGAGAACCUAUUACAGCCGCUUGUACAUCUUGUUAUGAAUACCUCUGAUAUAUGAUGUACCAGUCCUGUGUAAUAUUGAAAUCAAAGAUAUCACAACUUUUUAAGUCAUUUAAAGAAAAUGUAUUCAAACACAGCAAAAGAUUAUUAUCAAAUGCACUUCCAAAACUCCUGGCAACUUGGCUUCACAGCCAUCAGACCCACAGAAACAAUGCUUUAGACCAUUUUUAAAUGUUCCAUAAAGUUCAAUAUAACCUGUCACUCCACACUGUUAACUAAACAAGUAAUGUGUUAUCAUGGCAGCUUUCAGUUUCUUUGUUCAGAACUGCAUGAAAUAAAUAGUUAAGAGUCAGUUUCAUUAAGACUGUACAAGGAUGUGUAUGCGAUAUAAGGACAGGUACAACCCAAAGUGAACUAUAUGUGUGUUUCAAAGGAAUUAUUUUAACUGAUCACAGCUAUCACUGUGAGCCAUUGCUUUAUAUUUAUAAAACCAUUUUUGGUGGUAAGCUGUUCAUAAAAUUACUUAAUAUUGGGACAAAAAUGAUUUUCAAAUUAAAAAAAACGUUUCCAUGUAGACUUAAUGAAGAAGUUAAUUGCAAGUCCUUUAAAAAGUUAUAAAGAAAGCAGCUGGAAGUUGUCAUGGUAAUUUACUAAGAGUUUAGUUAAUUAACAGUGUGAUAUUAAUAAUUGCAUUAAAUUCUGAGACAUUUAAAAAAGCUCUUAAACAUAGUUUACUCCCCUGAAGGCUGUUAGUCCAAGGUUCUUGUGAUUUUGGAUACAAAUUUGUCAAUAAGCCUUGCUCAACAUUGGAAAAUAUGUGUUUGUGUGUGUGUGUGUGUGUGUGUGUG